CAGGAGAGAGCUGCCGAGUUUGAAGAUGUGGGGGUCCCCAGCAGUUGCCUGGGCCAUCUGUCUUGCCUGCGUUCAGCCCACGGUGUUCCCAUGGAGCCUCUCCUUCAGGUCAGACAGGGACAAGCCAAGCUCUGCACCGGAAGUUUCGACAGACGCAGUCGAGUGCUUCUCAGACUACAUGACCCUGUGGAUCCCGAGGAGCCACGUGGAGGGGCUGAGGCGGUGGCUGGGCAGGGCCUUGCACUUGCCAGGCACCUGGAGGGCCCCUGACGGCCUGGAUUCUUCUCUUGCUAAAUGUGGCUACUCCCUGCAUUCGACUUCAGAUGGUGACUUCAUUUUUCGAGCUCAAUACUCGGCCUGCUUUGUGGAGAAGGAGAAAGCAAAUUACAGGCUGGAAAUCAGAAUAUUUCAGAAAGGGGUGAUGAGGUUGGAGCGGAGUGAUCGCUACAUAAUGAAGUGUCCAGUGCUAAGGUCAAGGCUGGGCCAGGAAAGCGUCCACUGCAGGCCCGGGUUCAUCCAGGUCUCCCGGCCUCUGCCCCUGCCGAGUGACCAAGGACAGACUCCAUGGCUGCUGUCCCUUCGAGGGGAGCUGGUGGCUUCUCUUGAAGACGCCAGCCUGAUGGGACUGUAUGUGGACAUCAACGCCACCACUGUCACCGUCCAAAGCCCGAGACAAGACCUUCUUCAGAGGUGGGAGGUGCUGAACACCACCGCUGAGCUCCUGCCACUCUGGCUGCUGAGAGGUCACCAUGCCUAUUCUUUAGAAGCCGCUUGCCCACCUGUGUCAUCGCAGCCAGAGUCGGAGGUCUUAGUUCACAUCCCCAAGCAGAGACUGGGUCUGGUCAAAAGAGGUUCCUACACUGAGGAAACCCUGAGCCUCCAGUUCCUCCGGGUUCGCCAGUCCAACACCUUCAUGGUGACGGAAAACAAGGGCUUUGUGGUGGUCAGUAUCCCAGCGGCCAGGGUGCUCCAAGUCCAGCAAUGCCGGAAAGUUGGAGGAACCCUGGGAACACAAGCUUUCUAUAGGAUAGACCUGAGCCUGGAAUUUGCCGAGAUGGCUGCCCCAGUCCUCUGGACGGUGGAGAGCUUCUUCCAGUGCGUGGGUUCAGGAACAGAGUCGCCUGCCUCAACUGCCACACAGAGCACCACUCUCUCCCCACCAUCCCCAGGACCAGAGACCCCUCCAGUGGGAGCGCCAUCUGCUACCGCCUCCCAGGUGCGGGCUGCAGGACCAGCUGCCCAAGAAUGGCUUCCUCGGGAAUUCCCACACCAGCCUUCUGAUGAGCCGGCCAAGAAGGGGCUUGGACCGUUCCUACAAACGGCCAAACCUGCGAGGAGAAGCCAGACAUCUGUCUCCAUUUUCCCCAGAGUGAUGCAAGCUCAGCAAGGUCUCCAGACUCCUCCAGGGGAAGCAGUGCUUCCUGGACACCCCACGCCUCCAGCCACGCUCCCCUCAGAGCCUGUAGAGGGUGUGCAGGCUGGCCGCCAGUGGCCACAUGCAAUCUUGCCAGCGUACCCAGCUCUGACCCUGAGCAUGUCCCCAGACGCCUCCUCUCCUCCACCGCCAGCCCCAAGGCCUGGACAAUCUGAAUCACUCCUAGUCUCAGGACCAUCUGUCACCCUGACGGAAGGUCUAGGAACUGUGAGACCUGAGCAGGACCCCACCAGGACUCCACGAAGUCCCCUCCUGCUGAGAGGGCUGGCAAGGGGGCAUGCGGCUGCACCUGAGCCCGUCUUGGGGGAGCCUGACCAAGCCAGAGAAGAGUUCCAGCCAUUGACGAGGCCCUGGCGGGCCAGGCUGGCUGCAGCGGCACUGGUUUUGCACCAUUCCCCCGGAGAGCUGCGGGAAACGUCCUCUAGAAUGGAGGUGGAGGGGCUGCGCCAGACCAGGCCUGGUCUCCCCAGGGAGGGGGCCAGGGAGCACCUGGACCCGUCAUCCUCAGAACCAAGCCAGGACACAGAGGGGCUGGGACUCCCCAUUCUGCCAGGAAGGGAGGCCACAUUCUCCACCCGACGGGUGAAGCAGCCAGACCUCAGUGCCUGUGUGGACGCCUCGGGACCCAUGCUCACCGGGACGCCCAGGGUGAGACCAGCAGUGCCCCUGGCGGUUCUUCCUAUGGAACCUCUGCCAGCAGAACCCAUUCGCCCGGCAGCUCUUCUGACACCCAAAGCCUCAUCUACAGGAGGGCCGGACCGGGCCGGAGACCUGGAGUCAGCCCCCAGCCGGCCAGCGGCCCGGGAGGAGUUGGGGUAUGCACACACAUCCAGCCCUCUGUCCAUGCGAACCCUGAGCCUGUGGGCUACCAUAGAAACGUCACCACCCAGCCUGGUGGAGCAUGGGCACCCCUUCCAGGCUGGCCAGGGGGCCCCACCCCAGCAGGAGCUGACGGAGCCCACCUUGGCACCGAGUGCUGAAAGCCACAGGCUUCCUGAACUUCAGGACAGUGUGGAGGCGCUGUCUGAGAGGCCCCCACACUGAGCCUCCCUGGAGACUCCACGGUGGGUCCUGGGUGCACCCUGGGGAGGUGGAGGGCAAAGGGUGGGGCAGUGACAGGUUAGCCUGGAGGUGGGGGUGGGGCAUCUUUCCAGGGAAGCAGUGGUGCUCUUCCAGCCCAUGUCACGGGGCUCAGCCACAGCUGGGCAUCCAGGCCAGGGAGUCCAGGGACACUGAGUCAUUGAGAGUCACCGGGGCCAUCCAAGCCAGCAGAAUUCCAGCUGCUGCCAUGGAAACCAGAGGAAGGGAGUGGUGACGUGGCGGGCCACCUGCCUGCGUGGACCUCCCCGAGGGAAGAGAUGCUGAGGGCAGGGCAAUGUCCCUGGUCUCUACCUGGCCCAGCCGGCUGCGCUUCUGGGCUUGCUGUGCGGUCAGAGGUGGAGAAGCCUCUGGGUAAGGCGCCUGCCGGGAGCUAGGGGGGAAGGCGCGGUUCCUCUGCUCUUUGGCUGUGUGACCUUGGCAAGGCACUCACCUCUCUGAGCCUCAGUUUCCUCACGAGGCAAAGGGGGAUGGUCAUGGCUGAGGGGUGGAUGGGAAGGGGACGUAGACCAUUCGGCGUGGAGCCGGACACCCAGCGCGCCCAGAGCUUGAGAGCCUCUCUUCUGGUGAUCCUUCCACCGCCCACCUCCCGGCCCAGGCAGAGGGCGUGUUUGCAGGGCCCAGGAGAGGAUGGAGGGCCUGAGCCGUGGUCCAGACACCUCUGGGGGUUGCUGGUGACGGUGAUACGAACCCUUGGUAUUUACCCCUUCCCCAGGCCUUGCGGGGCGGUGAUCCCAGGUCUCUGAAGGACUCCAGGGGAGGAGAAUGCGGCAACACUGCUUUGUUUUCGUUACUCACCACUCCCUUCCUCUGGGUUCCAUGGCAGCAGCUGGUACCCCGCUGGCUUGGACCCUCAGUGCCCCCCUGCCCCCAGGCUCCUGGCUCAGAGGCCCAGCUGUGGCUGAAGAGCACUCACUCGGUGCUUCCCUGGAAAGGUGCCCCCCAGACCACCCC